AUGGCUCGGAUGACGUCACUCUCUCGCGCGCCUUCGCUCGACGUUAAGCGCCUCGCCGUCGUCAUUGCUGCACCGUCUCUGAGAGCAGCAGCAGCAGCAGCAGCAGCAGCGGGGGGAGCACCGGGAGCUCCAUCAGCGGGGGGAGCACCGGGAGCUCCAUCAGCGGGGGGAGCACCGGGAGCUCCAUCAGCGGGGGGAGCACCGGGAGCUCCAUCAGCGGGGGGAGCACCGGGAGCUCCAUCAGCGGGGGGAGCACCGGGAGCUCCAUCAGCGGGGGGAGCACCGGGAGCUCCAUCAGCGGGGGGAGCACCGGGAGCUCCAUCAGCGGGGGGAGCACCGGGAGCUCCAUCAGCGGGGGGAGCACCGGGAGCUCCAUCAGCGGGGGGAGCACCGGGAGCUCCAUCAGCGGGGGGAGCACCGGGAGCUCCAUCAGCGGGGGGAGCACCGGGAGCUCCAUCAGCGGGGGGAGCACCGGAAGCGCCGGCGGCACUGGGGGCAGCACCUCUGGGAGCAGCAGUAGGAGCAGCACUGGCAGCAGCAGUGGGAGUACCAGCGAUCCGAACUGCCUCAGUGCUCACAUCAAAGACCAACAUGACCGCCAAGUUCAACGUGGAUGUUAACAUCACGUCAACCCAGCAAACGGCGCUCUACACGUUCACCGUGAUGGGCGUGCCGAGCAGCCCGCGGCCAGUCUUCUCCAAGUCCUCCUACCGUAACAACAACACGGGGCAGCUCGUAGCAGAGUUUACAUGCACACCCAAGCCAACCGGCACGCUGGGCACCUACCGCUGCACGUCGAAUACUGCCGCCAACCUCACGGUGCCGUUCAGGCCAGUGAGCAGGGUGAAGGCGCUGGUGCCGCUCUUCUUCGCCCCCUAUGACUUCUACUCGAGGAUCAGCGUGAAUGGUGUUACGCUGCGCGGUGACAUCAUCUCCACUAUUGUUAUUGGGGAGUCAAUAGUGUAUGUCAUUAAACCAGGUCCCUAG